AAAACAGUGCGCUGCCGUGUCAAUAGUUUUAGGGUUAUGUUUGAAGUUGAAAUGGAAAUGUGAUUAUUUCUUGUUGAAAAAAGCCGCAAAAAUGUUGAGAAUUUCGCGUGUGAUUUGUACGUUGUUGAAACAGAAGCCGCAAGUCUUCUUGGACCAGUCAAACUGUAGAAUAGUCAAAAUACCAUAUAGUUUGUUUGAGAAAUCCUAUUCUGACGAUGUUAAGAGUAAGUCACCGUUGGGGAAUUUGAUAAAUAAAGAUAACAUUGAAAAGUUGCAAGAGGAUGAUGAAGAGCAACAAAAACAGAGAGAGACUUCAUGGAGAAGAAUGAAAAGGACUUUGUUCGCAUUUAGCUUUACAUUUGUAUUCCUAGGAGGGUAUAUAAUUGUCAAAUUGGGAUCCCCCGAGAUCGACAAUGAUGGAGAAGUUGUCGUAGAUGAUUUGAAGAACAAAAGUAUUGUUUCUCAAUACCUAAUAAGAACCUACAGAGAACUAGACUAUUACAGACGACUUAUAAAAGAACCCUCAAGGGAGAAAUUACUGCCGGAUCCAGUGGAGCCUCCAUACAUUCAGCCAAAAUACACUCUUGUCCUGGAAUUGACUGAUGUUUUAGUCCAUCCAGAUUGGACUUAUAAUACUGGCUGGAGAUUUAAAAAGAGGCCUGGCUUGGACUAUUUCCUCGAAUCUCUGCAUGGUCUGUAUGAGAUUGUUAUUUACACAGCCGAACAAGGAAUGACUGUGUUCCCUCUAAUCGAUGCCAUUGAUCCUAAGAGUCUUAUUUCUUAUAAAUUGGUGAGAGAUGCGACUCAUUUUACGGGCGGACAUCACGUUAAAAGCUUGAACAAUCUUAACAGAGAUUUGAGUAGAGUUAUUUGUGUCGAUUGGAAUUCAAAGAAUGUCAAGUUCAACCCUGAAAACUUGUUCCAUAUUAAGAGAUGGGGUGGGAAUGAUGACGACACUUCUUUGAUGGACCUCAGCACGUUUUUGAAAACAAUUGCCGAUAAUGAUAUUGAAGAUGUAAGGGAAGUCCUCAAAAACUACAGCGUCUUUGAAGACCCAAUUGAAGCUUUCAGAGAGAAGCAAAAAAAGCUUAUUGAUCAGCUCGAAGCACAGGCAGCCGCUAAGCGGGAACAAGACGGGUUAAAACCUAGCAGAUGGACACCAAAUAUUUUUAACCGAAAACCAUAUUAAAAAACGCCCUUUGCACAUAUUGUUUUUUGUACUGGUUUUAAAUAGUCAUGCCCUUGUUAUUUAACUUUAAGCGCUUAUGCCAAUUGUUCUGAGAUGCAAAUUUCUGUUUUUAUAAUUAAAAGUCUAUGUAUAUUUUUGAGUUAUUUAAAAAUACAUAAAUUUAUCAAAAAA